AUGUCGACUAAGGAUCCUCUUCCGCCAUUACCGCGUCUCCCAGACGACAUCCUUCGCAUGAUCUUCGCUCGCAUAGGUUCGCGCGGCGACACCUUCUCCCACGCGAUUACCUGCAAGCGAUGGCUCGAAAUCGCGCGUCCCGCUCAAACCACCCUCGUCGUUCGCGAAACCCGCGAAGCGUCCUCCCGACAGCUCGCGAACGCCAUCACGCAGUUUCGCAACCUGUCGCGCAUCCAUCUCCCCAACUGCAGCGUCGACAGCGUGGGCGACGAUCUCCUCGACCGAAUCGCCGCGUCUUGCGGCGCGACUCUCGCUUCCUUCCGCUUCGGAACGGUGCGCCCUUCAGCAAUUCAAGGCGGCUCCGGCGAACUUCGCCAUUCGGACGGUGCUGACGCACUGCAAGAAGCGGAAGUAACGGCGGACGAAGCGGAAGCCGCAAUGCCAGAGUCCACGAUCGAAACAGCUCUCUACUCCGAAAUCACAGUAGCGGGUUUGGAUAGACUGUUUCGCGCCUGCCCGCGGCUGGAAGAGUUCGGCCUGCACUGCGCGCCGAACCUCUCCCUUCGACCAGCGUCGUUUCUCGAGCUCGCGCGGAUCGGCGGGGGACCGUUGGAUGCCGAUUCGGUUUACAAAUGGAGCAUUCCGAACGACGCUAGCGCGCCGCCGAGCCUCCAGUUUCCGAAGCUGCAGGCUCCGAGCCUGACUGCGCUGCCAGAUAGCCUUGGGAUGCUGACAAACCUGCGUGACCUUCAGAUUGGCUGCAGCGCGUUGCGAUCGCUGCCCGAGACUCUCGGGCAGCUAUCACGGCUGACGCGGCUGCACGUAACUGACUGCGGGCUAUCGCAGCUGCCCGAUUCUCUAUGCAACCUGCCCGCGCUCUCCUUCCUCUCCGUCACUUACUGCAUGCGAAUCAGCCGGCUGCCCGCGAAUCUCGGGCAGCUCACUUCUUUACAGUCCCUGCAGCUGCACAGCGUGUUUAGUCUAGAAACGGUGCCGGAAUCUCUCGGGCAGCUGCCAAAUCUAGAAGCGCUGCACUGCCCGCGGAUAGUCAGCCUCCCUGAUGAUAUAGGAUUCCUUAGCCGGCUUGAGUCUCUGGAGAUUAACACGUGCGAGUCGCUGAUUGGCUUCCCGCCCUCGUUUGUCCACCUCAUCAGCCUCCAGACUCUCGAGAUUUGCUUCUGCAAAAGUUUCGCUUCCAUUCCCGCGGAUUUCGGGCAGCUCCCGAAACUCCACACCCUCAAGAUCUCCUCGAUUUCCUGCCUAGCCCACCUGCCCGAAUCCAUGGGGCAGCUUUCUUCCCUGAGACACCUGGAGCUGUCCCAUUGGCCGCUUCUUCGCGCUCUGCCGCUCGCUCUGUUCGCGCUGAAGUCACUCGAAUGCCUGGCGGUCACGAGCUGUCGUCAUCUCUCAUCCCUUCCUGUGAGCAUCACACAGCUGACGUCACUGAAGAUGCUGAAUUUGUCUGGUUCUGCCGCCCUCACCGCACUGCCGGAGUUCCUCUGCCGGCUUAGCAGUCUGGAGCAGAUCUUUUUGACUGAUUGUUUUCGUUUGGUACGGCUGCCCGAGAAUCUCGGGCAGCUGAUGAGUCUUCAGCUGUUAGACCUGGAGGGAUGUGACAGCCUGCAGAGUCUGCCUGACUCACUAUCGUCCCUAAACAGGUUGCAGGUCCGAGCAAGACCAGUGUUACGAAGAGUGAUGGCAACAAAAGCUGGUACUGGGUCGGAUUGCGAUGUGUACAGUAGAGGAGGAGCCUUUGAGUUAGAAGAUCAAGAAGAUCAAGAGAUUUCGCAUGAUAGACAGGAGUUGCAGCAGAGGACAGGUGGAAAUGUGCCAUUAAUGGGAAUGGGAGUGGGGUUGGUACCAGAAGUGGAGACGAGAGUAGGGGAGGAAGUGUGGAACGGUGAGGAUGAGUGGGAUGGUGAUUGGGAGUGGUUGCAGGAGGAGAGGGCUCAGAGGGAGUGGCAUCAGCGGUCACAGCGCUGGUGUGUUUUGGGCCUGUCACCGUUGAGAGUGGCUAAGAGAAUGCUCCUCGUUCAGCCCGGAAAGCUGUGCAGCGUUCCUUUGUGCGCAGGUCAGACAAGGCCUGCACAAUAA